AUAUUCAAAAGGAGUUGUAAACCUCUAUCUAAUUGUUUGUAUUGUGGAGGGUAGUUGUUGAUUUGAAUAUUAGAGGGCAAGAAAUAGGAUGUUUCCUCACUUCUCUUUAACUUUUCCUCCUCCCUUUAAAGUCUUGCCUUCCAUUUCUCAUUUUUCACCAUUUCUAAAACACAUCCUUCUUAACUUUCUCUCUCCUCUCUUUCUCUCUCUUCAUAUUUUUACAUGACAAUUUCAAUGCUCAACUAGCUACCUCAUCAUCAUUCAUCAUAACAUAUUUAUUCAAGAUCACUCCAUAAUCGCCAUUUUUAUACACAAGGACAAUACGCGUAACAUAAUGACAGUCGAUAACAAGAUCUCAUGGAGAACAUUUAUGCCAUGUUGUGGUACAUUUGAUGAAAAUUCCGUUGAUGCUCCUAAACCUAAGAAGAAAAUAGCAGCUUCAGAUCAACAUCAAUACUUUCAAAGGAAUGGUUUCGGAAAUAAUUUAAGUGACCCGAAUUCGCUUACCUUAUCAGAGGAUCUAUCUAUAUCUUUAGCUGGGUCUAACAUUCAUGAGUUAAAUCUCAAUGAGCUAAGAUUGAUUACUCAAAAUUUCUCCUCCACUAACUUCCUUGGAGAAGGCGGGUUUGGCCCGGUCCAUAAAGGGUUCAUCGAUGAUAAAAUUAGACCCGGGUUGAAGGCUCAACCCGUCGCAGUUAAAAUUCUUGACCUCGAUGGUCCCCAAGGCCAUCGCGAAUGGCUGGCAGAAGUGAAGGUGCUUGGACAACUAAGACAUCCCCACUUGGUAAAGUUGAUAGGAUAUUGCUGUGAAGAUGAACACAGAGUUUUAGUUUACGAGUAUAUGCCUCGUGGUAGUCUUGAAAAUCAACUCUUUAGAAGAUUUUCUGCUUCACUUCCAUGGUUAACAAGACUAAAGAUCGCGCUUGGAGCUGCUAAAGGGCUCGCGUUUCUUCAUGAAGCAGAGAACCCAGUCAUCUACCGCGAUUUCAAAGCCUCAAACAUCUUAUUGGAUUCUGAUUUUACCCCUAAGUUAUCUGAUUUCGGCUUGGCGAAAGAAGGUCCUGAGGGAGACGACACCCAUGUUUCUACUAGAGUUAUGGGCACACAAGGUUAUGCUGCUCCUGAAUACAUCAUGACAGGUCAUUUGACAGCCGCGAGUGAUGUAUACAGUUUUGGAGUUGUACUCUUGGAACUCCUUACAGGUAGACGAUCAAUGGACAAGAACCGUCCUCCAAGAGAACAAAACCUAGCCGAGUGGGCUAGACCACAAUUGCAAAGCCAACGACGACUUCCACGUCUAAUGGACCCAAGAUUAGAGGAUCAAUACUCCGACGAUGGGGCCCAAAAGGCUGCACUACUAGCCUACCAAUGCCUAAGCCAUCGCCCCAAGAGCAGGCCCACAAUGAGCGUCGUUGUAAAAACCUUGGAACCCUUGUUAAACCUAGUCCAUGAUAUCCCAUCCGGACCCUUCGUUUACACCGCCCCAAGUGACCAAAGUCCCGCCCAUGAUAAAUUGGGAGGUGAAACGAAGAAAGAAAACGGCCACCACCACAACAACCAUCAACAACGUCCUCAACGUCGCCACGACAUAAACCGUAUAAGAGCACCAAAGCCUUCAAGUAUAGUGAACUCGGACCCUAAUGUACAAAGAAAUCUUAGAAAUGGGUUUAACUCUCCGGGCCACCAUCACAUGGGAAGAGGAGCAUAGACCAUGCAAAAACAAAACAAAAAUGUUACUAGUAACAUUAUUUGCAUACACCCAAAAGUGGGGUCAAAAAAAAAAAGAAAAAAAAAAAAGGAAACUUCAUAUUUGUAAAUACAAAGUUUGCAAAAAUAUCAAGUGUCUAGAUAAAUAGAAUAGGGAUACAAUAUACGUUUGUUUUUUUUUUUUCUACAUUCUUUGAAUUAUGAGGGUUUUUUUAUUGAUUAGUUCAUAUUGUCAAAAUUAUAUAUACAUAUUUUUUGGAAUUGUUACAAAGUUGUAUCAAAUUAUUAUUAUAAUGAAGAUUAGAAGAAUAUAUUAUGAUA